GCAGAGCUAACUGCAGCCGCCCGCCUCUGUCAUUGGGAGACAGUCCACUUAAAUGCGGCUCCAGGGUUGCGGGACACCCACCAGCAUCACUCCCCGUGUGAGGUGGCAAAUGCAACAUGCUGUCCAGCUUGGGGUGUCUGCUUUUCUGUGGAAGUAUUGCACUAGCCCUGGGAAAUGCACAGAAAUUGCCAAAAGGUAAAAGGCCAAGCCUGAAAGUCCACAUCAAUACCACGAGCGACUCCAUCCUCUUGAAGUUCCUACGUCCAAAUCCAAAUGUAAAAUUAGAAGGUUUUCUCUUGGGAUAUGGCAGCAACUUGUCACCAAACCAGUACUUCCCUCUUCCAGCAGAAGGGAAAUUCACAGAGGCUGUGGUCGAUGCGGAGCCUAAAUAUCUGAUCGUUGUGCGGCCUGCUCCCCCUCCGAGUCAGAAGAAGUCCUGCUCAGGUAAAUCACGCUCUCGCAAACCUCUCCAGCUGGUGGUUGGCACUCUGACACCAAGCUCCGUAUUCCUGUCCUGGGGUUUCCUCAUUAACCCACACCACGACUGGACGUUGCCAAGUCACUGUCCCAAUGACAGAUACUAUACAAUUCGCUAUAGAGAAAAAGAUAAGGAAAAAAAAUGGGUUUUCCAACUCUGUCCCGCCACCGAAACAAUCGUGGAAAAUCUAAAACCCAACACAGUUUAUGAAUUCGGAGUGAAAGACAAUGGAGAAGGUGGAAUUUGGAGUAAGAUUUUCAAUCACAAGACUGUUGUUGGCAGUAAAAAAGUAAAUGGGAAGAUCCAAAGCACCUAUGACCAAGUCCACACAGUGCCAGCAUAUGUCCCAAGGAAGCUAAUUCCAAUAACAGUCAUCAAACAAGUGAUUCAGAAUGUUACUCACAGGGCUUCAACUAAAUCCCCAGAUAAGACUUCCUUUGGAGGAACAAUACUGGUCCAUCUUAUUAUUCCAGGCCUUAAUGAAACCACUGUUAAACUUCCUACAUCCAUAAUGCUUGAGAUUUCCGAUGCAAUCAAGACACAGUUAGCUAAGAAUGAAACGUUGGCAUUACCUGCUGAAUCUAAAACACCAGAUGUAGAAAAAAUCCCAGCACGGGCCAUAACAGUGACACCUGAGUCAAUGCCAAGGACCACAAAGCCCACUGUGUCUAGUGCACUAGACUUUUCAGAAAAAACACUAGUUCUCAGCGAAAGGACGCCGGAAAUCCUGCAAACUAUUCUAAUACCUAGGUUUGAAUUGCCCCUGAGCACUCUAGCUCCGAAAAGGCUUCCAGAAUUUCCUCAGGCAAACACACCCUUCCCCUUUGAGAAGCCUGAGGGCACUCUGGCUUCAAGUGGAAAGCCAUGGAUUGUGCCUACAAGUAAAACAUCAGAAGAUUCCAAACUUCUCUCACCUCGAACUGCCACUUAUGAUGUUUUCUCAAGCCCUGCGACAUCAGAUGAGCCUGAAAUGUCAGAACCCCACACAGCAACAAGUGAUCCAUUUCUGGAUUCUGUCCCACCUAAAACUUCUAGAACUCUUGAACAGCCAAGGGCAACACUGGCUCCAAGUGAAACACCAUUUGUUCCUCAAAAAUUGGAAAUUUUCACAAGUCCUGAAAUGCCACCUACAACACCUGCUGCCCAGCAAACUACGUCUAUCCCUUCUACACCUAAACGACGCGUCAGGCCCCAAACACCAAGAACCAAACCUGAAAGAACCACAAGUCCUGGAACAGUUACACCUAAAAUUCCUAAAAUCCCUGAAUCUACACAGACAACACUGGCUCCCAGUAAAACACCAUUUAUUUCUUUGAAACCUAAAAUUCCUCUCACCCCAGAAGAGACAUCCACCAAACCUGCUCCACCAAAGACCAAACGACCAGGUCGUCGCCCCCGUCCUAAAACCACACCUAGUCCAGAUGUGCCCAAGUCCAAACCUGUUCUGGAACCUGCUACAGUACCCCCGGAGCCUUUGGUGCCCACAAUCGCAUCAAAACCAUCCAAAAGACCUAAAACCACACGUAGACCAGAUGCACUUCAAAUCCAGCCUGAUUCAAAACCACCAAAGCAAUUACUUCCUAAACCCCAAACCCCAGCACAACCAGAUAUGCCACCAACUAAACCCGUCUUUGAGCCUGUUACAUUGGAGACUGAAGCUCCCUCCCCAACCAUAGUUCCUGCCACAGACCUUGAACCUGUAACUCUGAGAAUUGAGACUCCCAUGACAACGUUGGCUCCAAAAACUUCACAACGACCAAGGACACGUCGUCCACGUCCCAAACAUAAAUCCACACCGAGCCCAGCUACAUCUCAGAGCAAACUAGCUACAACAACAAAGAGACCUCGUCGUCCACGCCCCAAAGCUAAAACCACACCCCAUCCAGAAGUACCUCAGCCCAAACUGGUUCCUACCACUAUCUUUGAACCAGUUAUACUUAGAACCGAGGCUCCAGUGACCACACUAGCUCCCAAAGUGUCUCAGCAAACUCAUCAUCCACCUCCCAAACCUGAAACCACAGGGAGUCCUGAAGCCCUUCAGACUGAACUGGUCCUUGAAGCAGUCACUCCUAUGAAAGAGGCUCCAGGGACUGCAUUUGUUCCUGUGACAGACCUUGAACCUGUUACUCUUAGAACUGAGACACCUGGGACAACAUUAGUUCCUGCUACAGUUCUUGAACCUGUCACUCUUAGACCCAAGACCCCAGAAACAACAUUAGCCUCCAAAACAUCACAACAGACACGUCGUCCACGUCCCAGACCAAAAACCCCACCAACUCUUGAAGCAUCUGAGUCCAAACCAGUUCCUACUGCAGACCUUGAACCGGUUGUGUUGAGAACUGAAACAUGGGUAACAACACAAGCUCCUAAAACAUCAAAACGGGCCCGUCGUCCACGUCCCAAACAUAAAACUACACCAACUUCUGAAGCACCUAAAAAAAAACUGGCUCCUACUACAGAUCUUGAACCUGGCCCUCUUAGAACUAAAGCUCCAGAAAUCGUGGUUCCUCCUACAGCCCUUGAACCCAUCACUCUUAGGACAAAGGCUCCAGAAACUACAUUAGCUCCUAAACCAGCACAACGAACCCGUCGUCCACGUCCCAGGCCUAAAACCACAUCAAGCCCUGAGGCAACUCAGACCAAACAGGCUCCCACUGAACUGCAAACUCUUAUUUUGAAACCAGUGACAUCACCAAGCCUAGAAAUGACACAGAGCCAACCUGUUUCUGAAGUCCUGGAAUCGAUUACAUUAAGCACUGAGUCAUCAAAGGAAGCUCUAGCACCAACUGUAACAGAUUAUCUGUAUCCCUCUGCCAAAGCACCACUCAGUCCAGAGGAACCAAAGACUGGAGUUGUGGAAUCUAUUACAAAUGUGUCUGAACCACCUGAGACCACACUAGCUCCCAAGCAAGCACCGCGUGCUCCUCCCAAACCAAAAACAUCUCCACAUCCAAGAAUCCCACAAACCCACCCAGCUCACGAGGUGUCCCAGCCUAUUACUUCAAAGCCAAAAGCAUCACCAAGUCCAGAAGUAUCAUAUACUCUGCCUGUUCCAAGAGAUGUGCUCCUUCCCCCUAAACCAGACCCUGAAGUCUCUCAGAGCGAACCUGUUCUGCAACCCGUUACCUUUAGACUUGACCUACCAGAGACAACAAUAGCUCCUUUAGAGACACGAGGCAGCCCUUUUAUACCCAUGAUUUCACCAAGUACUGGUGAAGAGGAACUGCAGACUACUCUGGAAGAGACCGACCACUCCACUCAGAAAUUCUUCACAACUAAGAUUCCACUAACAACUGAAUUGGUGACAACUCAGGCACCACACAGAUUGUAUACUACUCCUGUGAGGCCCAGAAUACCGGACAAAGCACACAUCAGACCCGUUCUGAAUAAGACAACUACAAGACCUAGUAGACUCAAACCCAGUAAGACACCCAAAGGGAAUGGAAUGGGAACAGGGGUCAAGCAAGCCCCAAAGCCAUCAGGUGCUGGUAAAAAUGUGUCCAUGGACUCUACACACUCCACCAAAAAACCAGCCGCAGUCCCAGGCACUCGCCGCCCUCACUUGUCACCUAGACCUGUGCCCUCACGAAGAAAACCUUUACCACCAAAUAAUGUCACUGGCAAGCCAGGAAGUGCAGGAAUCAUUUUAUCGGGCCGAGUAACAUCUCCACCCUUGAGGGCCACACUUGGUCCUACGGAAGCCCCUUCAGAGAGAACAGAGACAGAUGAAAAGCAACCAACAGCUCCUGCAUCAGGAGAAGAUCUUGUUAAUAUAACUGACUUUAGCUCAAGUCCAACAAGAGAAACUGAUCCUCUUGGGAAGCCCAGAUUCAAAGGUCCUCAUGUGCGAUACAUCCAAAAACCUGAAAACAGGCCCUGCUCCAUCACUGAUUCUGUCAAACGGUUCCCCAAAGAGGAUGCUACUGAAGGGAAUGCCACCAGCCCACCGCAGAACCCACCUACCAACCUCACUGUGGUCACUGUGGAAGGGUGUCCCUCAUUUGUCAUCCUGGACUGGGAUAAGCCACUAAAUGAUACCGUCACUGAAUAUGAAGUUAUAUCCCGAGAAAAUGGGUCAUUCAGUGGGAAGAACGAGUCUGUUCAAAUUACAAAUCAAACCUUCUCCACGGUAGAAAAUCUAAAACCAGAUACAAGCUAUGAAUUCCAGGUGAAACCCAAAAACCCACUUGGAGAAGGCCCCCCCAGCAACACGGUGGCAUUCAGCACUGAAUCAGCGGACCCAAGAGUGAGCGAGCCAGUUUCUGCAGGAAGAGAUGCCAUCUGGACUGAAAGACCCUUUAACUCAGACUCUUACUCAGAAUGUAAGGGCAAACAGUAUGUCAAACGGACGUGGUAUAAGAAGUUUGUAGGGGUGCAGCUGUGCAACUCUCUCCGCUACAAGAUUUAUCUGAGUGACUCCCUCACAGGAAAAUUUUAUAACAUAGGCGAUCAGAGAGGCCAUGGAGAAGACCACUGCCAGUUUGUGGACUCGUUUUUAGAUGGACGCACAGGACAGCAACUCAGUUCUGACCAGUUACCCACCAAAGAAGGCUAUUUCAGAGCAGUUCGUCAGGAACCUGUCCAAUUUGGAGAAAUAGGUGGUCACACCCAAAUCAAUUAUGUCCAGUGGUAUGAAUGUGGGACCACAAUUCCUGGAAAAUGGUAGAUGCUACAAUCAGAAUCAAAAGUGCCUUCUGUUUUAUCAUGGGAAAAAAAUAAUUGGAAACAGUAUUUGUCACAUUCAUUUAAAGCUGUUAUGUUUACUAUGUAUUAAAGUUUAAUAGCAAUAGUAGAUGUUUAUUAGAAAUAUUGCUGAGAAUAUUUAUCAGGUUUUACAAAAUCAUUUUAAGAAAACAAGAUAUUGACAUUAACAGAAUAACAUUUUUAGGGAAGCUGGCUCCCUACUCAUGGUAUUUUAAGAGAUCAUUUGUAUAUUAUUUAUCACUCUGUUGUAAUGAUGUUUUGAGAUACUUUUAUAACAAAUUUAACAUCAAAAACUAAUAUACUUUUUAAAAAUAUAUUUCCUUUUAUUCAAGUGUAUUCUUCUUACUGGUGAGUUAAUGCCAUAAAUCUCAACUUGGUUUAACUUAUUAGAUCAAAUUAUCUUGAGCAUUUGCAUCUGGGGGAAUAAAGGUCCUAAUAUUCAUGUUUAUUUAAACUUUAAAUUUUUAGCAAUAGCUAAAUAGCUUUUCUGAAGCAUUUCAAUAGUUAACCAUUCAUGCCAAUAUACAUUUCUUUAAAUCUGUGCAAAUUACUAAAAAGCCUGCUUGAAUCAUUAUAUUUGAUUUCAGCUGCAAACCGAAGAGAAUACCUGAUCUGUUCAAUUUCAAAAUAUACACUUGGUUCUUUACCCAUAAAUAUGCUACAAUGUCUGAAUGUACUUUGUCAAACUACCCUUUAACCAGGGAUUUGUCUUCAUACUGUUAAGAGAAUUCUAAUGAAGCUAUACGUAGAGACUGAAUGUGAAGUUUGAGCACAAAUACCCCUACAUUUUACAGGUACUUCCUGUUUUUAGACCUCUAGGAAUGAAUGUAUCGGAAAAUGUUUUCGUAAUUUUGUCUAACUCAACCUGUAAUGAAAAUUUAAAAAAAAAAAAAGUCCUUCAUUUGGGGAGGGACAUGGGAAUGCUGCAUUGUUGCCCUCUUUCUGAAAGGACCUUUCCUCUGCUUACCCUUCAACAUGCUUCAAGUUUAUCAAUGCUACAUUUUGUAUUUUUCAAGCAAGUAUAAACUCUGCAAUAAAGAGAUGUAGUUUUUUUAA